UCUAAAAAUAAUCGAAUGAAUUUAUAUGAUCACUCAGUCUGCGACUUCUAUGUUCCAUGUUCUCAGUCUUCCAUUUCUAAUUUCAAUUUCUGUUUUCUGUUACCUUCCUUCAGUUCCUUCUGCACUUCCCCCACCAAUUGUUGGUUUGCUGAAAAAGGUUUGGUAAAAUUCUUGCACAAGAUGCCAGAAAUGACUGAAGUUGAAAAGCCUGUCGUGGCUGAGGCCAAACCUGAACAAAGUGAAUCGUCCACAGAUAGUGAUUCAGAUGAGGAAAUUCCAGAGUUGGAAGAUGCGGGCACAGCUAAUGCAGGUUCUGCAGCUUUUCCAGGUGCAGCUGCUGCAGGUUUACCGAUUGAUAUGGUCUCGAAAGCUAAACAGUCAAGGGGGGAAAAGAAGGCUAGAAAAAUUAUGUCCAAGUUAGGUUUAAAACCAGUCCAAGGUGUCAGUAGGGUGACAAUACGCAAAUCCAAGAAUAUUCUGUUCGUCAUAAACAAACCGGAUGUGUACAAGAACCCAGUAAGUGACACGUACAUUGUAUUCGGCGAAGCCAAAAUCGAAGAUCUGUCUACACAAGCCCAAGUCGCGGCCGCUGAGAAAUUCAAGGAAGUCAACCCAGCAGGGGACAGUGCGGCUGGCAAUACAACUACAUCCGUAGCACCAAUCGCAGAAGAAUCUGAGGAUGAAGAAGUUGAUGAAACUGGAGUGGAAGACAAGGACGUCGAGCUUGUCAUGUCUCAAGCGAACGUAAGCAGGGGUAAGGCCGUAAAGGCCCUUAAAAAUAACCAGAAUGAUAUAGUGAAUGCUAUCAUGGAGCUCACAAUGUGAGUUUGUAUUUUAUCUCUCUUGGUUUCUCUUGUUCGUUCAUAUUCUUUUCGUAUUUCAUUUUAUUACUUGGACAGCACUAUAUAAGACUCCAGUGUACAUAAUUUACUUAUUAAUAAACAUUUAGUCAUUAA